AUGCUUAACAGAACCUUUUACGCCGUCGUUCUUGUCGCGGCUUAUGCCGCGCAAGCUGCUCCGGUGCCUGGGCAAGAUUCCACGGCUUUGGGGCCCAAUGUUGAGGCUCGGUAUAUCUACACCCAGAACCACAAGGACGCGGCGGUCCAGGAGGAUGUCAACGAUAUCGAGGCUCGUUACAUCUACACUCAGAACCACAAGGAUGCGGCGGUCCAGGAGGAUGUCAACGAUAUCGAGGCUCGUUACAUCUACACUCAGAACCACAAGGAUGCGGCGGUCCAGGAGGACGUCAACGAUAUCGAGGCUCGUUACAUCUACACUCAGAACCACAAGGAUGCGGCGGUCCAGGAGGAUGUCAACGAUAUCGAGGCUCGUUACAUCUACACUCAGAACCACAAGGAUGCGGCGGUCCAGGAGGACGUCAACGAUAUCGAGGCUCGUUACAUCUACACUCAGAACCACAAGGAUGCGGCGGUCCAGGAGGACGUCAACGAUAUCGAGGCUUAG